CACUUUCUAUUUUAAUUCACAUUAAUUUAAUCGUUAUGCUACUUGCGAGUAGGAUAUAACCUAACAAGCUUAUAAACUGAUAUGACAACUCAUGGCGGCGCCAGUUCCCGCUCGCAUUUGUAGUUCAUAUUUUGUCCACACCUGUCGCUGAAGUCGCAUACGUUUCAGGUGGUGAAAAUUUUUAAUGAUAUAUAUUGAAUUAAGUAGACAACGUAAGACACGCUAUUUCUGAUUCGUUCUAUGUCAAUAAUUUAUUAAGAAAUAAAAUAAAAUUCUUAUAUAAAAAUAAGCUACUUGUGUAUGUGAUAAGACGUGUUUUUAAAAUCGUGAAAAGACCUAAUUUCCUUCAAUAGAAAAGAUGACGACGCUCAGACCUUUCACGUGUACUGAUUUAUUCAAAUUUAACAACGUAAAUCUAGAUCCACUCACGGAAACUUAUGGGUUAUCCUUUUAUAUGCAAUACCUGGCCCAUUGGCCAGAAUAUUUCCAAGUAGCUGAAUCACCAAGCGGUGAAAUUAUGGGAUAUAUUAUGGGGAAGGCGGAAGGUCUUGCAGAAAAUUGGCAUGGUCAUGUAACAGCUCUUACCGUUUCACCUGAUCAUAGAAGACUCGGUCUUGCAGCGAUGUUGAUAAAAUUAUUAGAGGAAUUAUCGGAAAAGAAACAGGCAUACUUUGUGGAUUUGUUUGUCAGGGUUAGUAACAAAGUAGCUAUUAAAAUGUAUCAGCAAUUGGGUUAUAUUGUUUACAGAGUAGUAUUAGAAUAUUAUAACGGAGAUCCAGAUGAAAAUGCUUAUGAUAUGAGAAAAGCACUUUCAAGAGAUGUAAAUAAAAAAUCGAUAAUACCACUAACGCAUCCUGUAAGACCCGAGGAAGUCGAUUAAUUUUAAGGUAUAUAAAUGUAUUAAGAAAGAGAGGAAUAAAGGAAUAUAUGCAUUA